CUCUUUGGUAUUUCAGGAGCAGACCCGUGAGAUAAGCUCCCCGAUGGCUACGUCCACUACGAUCUCCGUCACUAUAGGGACAAGUAGCACAUUUGGGGUAGAUAACCAACCAACCCCUACAACGUGGACAUCGGGAUUUCGUAUAUUGUACGGCUCAGGCUUUACGGACACCCAGCCUCUAGGCCCCGAAGAGAUUCCAACAGCUAUCCAGUCAUCUCUCAAUUCUCCCGUCUCCUCUACUAGCGAUCCUGCGAGCCCCUCGGCCAGUACAAAUCCCUCGACCACGACCAUCUCGAGCACCAGCACCGACACCAACACCGACACCAGUGCCGCCACUGGCACCAGCUCCAGCUCCAGCUCCAGCAGUCCCAAUCAUUCAUCAACGGCUGUCUUAUCUCCUUCUAGCGACAAUGGCUCGUCGGGCCACUCGACAGGAGCACUCGCCGGGGCAGCCGUAGGAUGUGCCAUUGGUGGCAUCCUGAUCGGUCUGGUGGCCGCUUGGCUCCUCUUCCGCCGACGACGUAGAGGACAAGACGACAGAAAUACUGUUCCUCGCGACGAUCCUCGGGCAUUCGCCGCUGUUGAGAAACCGUCCCCCACCGUGAGCGACGAUGCGACCCCGUUGAACCAUCUACUCCUCGACGCGACUCCCGAUAGAGAGAUUGAGGCCGAACUACAGGCUUUGGGGCAUCUCAUCGAUCAACAUGUCGAGAAAUACUAUCAUCUCGACCCGAUCUCCGACGUAUCGAUCUUGUCAGAGCAUCUCUCUCCGCUCGGGGACUUCCCUCAUGGCACAGAAGCGAUUGCAGGAGUAUGCGCAAAGCCAAUGUCUCGCCAGACUGGUCUUCGGCACGUCAUCUCGCAAGUCAUUUUCAGGAGCCUUGACAUCUACUCCCAAAGCGCCUUUUCCUUGCUCCCGACGCCUGUUAGCACUUUUGUAGACUCCAUCCCCUCUCGCAAUGCGACAGCUCAAUCAGCUGCCUUGUCCGAAUGGCGUCGUCUCUCUGCUUUCCUCCUUCAUCCAAACCCUUAUGAGCGAACGUCUCUGCCCAUUUCAGAAGCUACUCUCAGCUCCCAAGCCCAGGCCCUGACGACCCGCCUCAACGGCUUCCUCCACCACUUCGUCGGGACCAGCCACAACGCGCAGACAGAUCACCUGCAGGCAGUCAUCGUCGAGUGCACCAAGCUCGGCUAUGCAAUCUUAUCACAGCCCCAGGAUUGGCGUUUCGUGUUUGAAAAGGGCAACUCGGUGGUGGUGUGCCCUGGGCUGGACAAGGGGGGAAGACGGGUAGUGGAACCCGAGGUCGGAGCCAUUGGUGCAUAACUAGGUUUUGUAGUGGAGUAGAAUGCCCUGUCAUGGACCUAUUAUCGUAGUCGAUUGUGUCUGUUGGUUGUAUCCGACGAGAGUGCAGGGGAUCAACCAACAAGUUGUUACAAGUG